UCCCUUACAGCCAAACACCAACAAGGCGGCAACACAAGAAAACUUCAAAAAAAAACUGAACAAGACACCAGCAAUGGCCGGAGGAGGAAACGGCGAAGUGAAGCUGCUCGGCAUGUGGGCAAGCCCGUUCGUCCUGCGAGUGCGGCUGGCGCUCAGCCUUAAGGGCGUGAGCUACGAGUACGUCGAGGAGGACCUCAAGAGCAAGAGCGAGCUGCUCCUCAAGUCCAACCCCGUCCACACCAAGGUGCCGGUGCUGAUCCACAACGGCAAGCCCGUCUGCGAGUCGUCGGUGAUCCUGCAAUACAUCGACGAGGCCUUCGCCGGCAUCGGCCCUUCUCUUCUCCCGGCGGAUCCCCAUGACCGUGCCGUUGCUCGCUUCUGGGCCGCAUACAUUGACGACAAGCUCCUGAAAGCGUCGAGCCAGGCGUCGAGCGGCAAGACGGAGGAGGAGAAGGCGGAGGGAGCGAAGCAGGCGGCCGCCGCGGUGGAGACCCUGGAGGGAGCCCUGAAGGAGUGCUCCAAGGGCAAACCAUUCUUCGGUGGUGACAGUGCUGGGUACGUGGACCUCAUGCUCGGCGGCCUCCUCCCUUGGGUUCACGUGGGCGACGCGGUGAAGGGCGUCAAAACCUUCGACCCUGCCACGACUCCGCUCUUGGCCGCGUGGGCGGACAGCUUCGGCGCCUUGGACGCGGUCGAGCCGGUCAUGCCGGAAGUCGGCAAGCUCGUUGAGUUUGCCAUGGCGAUGAUGUCUCACGCCGCCGCUGCCGCCGCUGCAACUAACUGAAGAAGCAUACCUCUCCUUUUUAUGCAUCUAUGCUCAAUCGUGUCGUGUGCCCAACGUUCAGAGAUUCCUUGUGGUUUCUAUAUCUUUUUUGCGACUUUUUAUGGAGCUUGUGUUCGUGCUUUUCGUCUCUCGUACACCUGGAUCAGAUGUAAAUUUGCUUCGAUGAAUCUUGGAGUCUACACAGUGCAAUUCUUACA